AUGGGUACGGUGUGGAAAGAUUUGUUAGAAGCUCGGUAUGGCAAUACGAGGCUUAAAGUGUUGAUUGGGGAUGUUUCUAUCUUGUCUAAAAAGGAGUCUCAUUGGUGGAGGGAUUUAAUAGUCUCGGAUAAUUUUGAGAGGCUUUUAUUUGAUCAUUUUAUGAGUGCUAUUAAAUGUAAUAUUGGCAAUGGAGCAUCUACUCCGUUGUGGUACGCGUCUUGGACGGGUCGAAAAUCUCUUAUGGAAUCCUUUCCUUUUUUAUUCUCUCUAGCCGGGAAUUUUUCGGAUUCUAUUUAUCUUGCAGGGGACUUUAUUGAUGGAGGUUGGUGCUGGAAUUUCACAAGAUGGUUCGAUGAAGGGAGCCCGGCGGCUGCUGUUGCUGCAGAAUUGAAACAUCACGACAGGUACAGCAGUAGAGCUCCACCGGCUGCUGCUUCUGUUAACAGUCCGGCUGCUGCUGGCGAUGCAACAGUGGCGGAUUCUGCCUUCUCUCAGCAGCUGGCAGCGGCGAUUCAAGAGGUGCAGGGUGUCAUGAAUUUGGUGCCGAUUAAAGAUAAUUGUGUUGACAACUUCUCUUGGGCUUUGUCUUCCAAUGGGUGUUUUUCCGUUAACUCUUGCUAUGAGUUUUUUAAGGCGUCUCUAUCCGGUCCUCCAAUGGAAAGUAAUAAGGUUUUGGCCUUUAACUAUUUAUGGAAGUUCAAAGUUCCUUCUAGAAUUCUUUGUUUUGGUUGGAGAUUUUUAUUAAAUAGAAUACCAACUAGAGAUCAAUUGGUGAGAAGGGGUGUCUUGGUGGGAGGAAGUGAUUCGGUUUGUGCCUUAUGUUCUAAAGAGGAGGAAACAUUAUCUCACCUUUUCUUCUUGUGUAAUAUUUCGAUCCGAAUUUGGAGAAGGGUGUUUAUGUGGCUUGACAUAUCCGAAGAUUUGACUAUUGAUGAGUUCGGGGAUUUCUUUCAUUUCUACGGGAAGAUUCAUUGCUUAAACAAGCGUAUGAUUGUGGGUACCGUUUGGCUUGCUACGGUUUGGGUGAUAUGGUUAAAGCGCAAUGCGGUGAUCUUUAAGAAGGAAGACUUUAGUUUUACCGAAUGCAUGUCGGAUAUUGUAUUACUAUCUUGGAGGUGGUUGUGUGCCUCUCAUAGGAGAGUCAAUCUUUGUAGUUUUUAUAAUUGGAAUAUUCUACCUCUUCUUUGUUUUGAAAGGUAG